AUGGUGGUUCCCGCCAUGACAUUCGACGAGUUUUCCUUGGAGCAUAGCAAGAGCUUCGUUAAAGCUCUGCAGGAACUCAAGAACUUGAGGCCUCAGCUUUAUUCAGCUGCAGAAUACUGUGAGAAGUCAUAUCUCCAUAGUGAAAAGAAGCAGAUGGUACUGGACAACCUGAAAGAGUAUGCUGUACAGGCUCUUGUUAAUGCUGUUGAUCACCUAGGUACCGUGGCUUACAAGUUAACUGACCUUCUUGAGCAGCAAACGUGGGAAGUGUCAACCAUGGAGCUAAAAGCAUCUUGUUUGAAUCAGCAACUUCUUACGUGCCAAACAUACACGAGUAAACAAGGUCUCAAGCAGCAGCAGUUGCUGGCGUUUAUCCCAAGACACCAUAAGCACUACAUUUUACCGAAUUCGGUUCAUUUUAGUCCACAUGUGCACAUGGAUUAUAGGCAAAACUAUUCCCAGGCGUCUCUUCUUCAACCUUCAGAUAGUACAGAACCAAAACCUUUUUCGUGGUACUUGGCGUCGGGAACCAAGCCUAAUUUGAAAGGGACUUCAGAAACUUUGGCAAGCAACGAAAUCUCAAAACCUUUGGGCCAUGGUUCUGAAGUUUUCCAGCUAUUUGACAAUGGAUAUGAUACGAGGACAAAGUCUUCGGCAUCUCCUUUCCCUGCUUCUACUGCACUGGUUCCGACGUUGCGUAUCAUGCACAGGGAAUCGGAGGGAUCCAAACCGAUGACGGCAAUUGGGUCAUUUGAUAACCAAAAGCGUCCGAUUAUUCGUGCACCUGUUAAGAACAAAAGUUUGCUCUCAGCUUUCUUUGUCAAACAGAAAGCAAUGAAGAUCAAAGCUGGACAUGUUGCAUGAAUCUCCGUUAGAGCAACCUGCCGCCAUGUAAAUCACUCGUUAUUGCAGAUGUAACUGCAUGUGUUUUCUUCCCUCUCUCUGCGUUUCAUUUAGUAUAGUUUAGUAAGCAAUGUGUAUAAAAUAGUCAAUAAUAAAGAUGAGUUGCAUUUUCCGCUCUCAUGAAUAAUUGUAUAGUUUGAUCAUUAU